CUCCAAUGUCCUCGACGCUUCAUCAUGAAUGCACUCGCGUCCCGAUAACGGCUCUUUCCUGCUGCGGACCCUUUCUUAUCGCCGCAGAGGGUCCGCUCUUGCGGCUCUAUCGCCGCCAAGACUUCCAGUCUGUUGCGUCCAAACAAGUCUUCAAGGCUCAAGCUAUACACGGCAUAUCCGUUACCGCCGAGUGCUCUCAUCAUGUGAUUCUUGUCAUCUGGGGAGGCCGGCUUGUUCGUGCCCUUCAGUUUGAUGCACGAUUAGGCGAUGAUGAGGAUGCUCUCCUUGACACGGCAUCAUUCUCCAGUACCUUGCAAGCGCCUGACUGGAUACUUAACCUAUGCCCGGCUCCAAAUGGCCAUAUGCAGACCAUGAGGGGCGAAACAAGAACAUGUGCAGCUGUAACAGCCCACAAUGCGCUUGUAGAGCUGACCAUCGGAAGCGGGUCUGGAAAGAAUGUCUGCGGAAGUGCGCCGUCCAUUUCAUUCCGUGAGCUUGCGCCACGCUCGCGCUCCAUCCUGUACUCUGCGCAUUUGCUCUGGGACUCGCCAGACCGCAUCUUAGUCGCUGCAGGUACCGCUUUCGGAGAGAUCAUUUACUGGUCAUGGACUCGGUACGCGGAUAGAGGGUCUGAUUCUCUUAUUCAUCGCGUCUUCCUCGGUCACGAAGGAUCCAUAUUUGGGGUACAAAUCUCUCAGCCGCUGAAGUUCGGUUCUGAUACGGGAUGCAAACGCCUUCUUUCGAGCUGCAGUGAUGACCGCACCAUCCGUAUCUGGGACGUCUCCGACGUUGACGCCACCGUCGACGGGAGCAGCGCCUUGGACGAGGACAUUGAAGGGCAGAGAACGCGACACACUGGCUUCAGCAACGCUUCGUUCGACUCUGAUAUCUCCAGCUCUGAUUGUUUGGCCAUUGGUUGGGGUCACAUAUCCCGUGUUUGGGCAGUCCGAUUUCUCGACAUCUCGCCUUCGGCUACAGGGAUCUAUCUUCUGUCUUCUGGAGAAGACGCAACGUCGCGCAUCUGGCGGCUCAAUAUCGGCGAUGAUCAAACUCCAAGCGGGAUAUCGCUACCUCAAAAGCUUGCACAGCUGGACUGCGUCGCACACCACAGCGGCAAGAACAUCUGGGCAACAACUAUCCGCUCUCCUGCAUCAAGCCCUCAGCAGGUACUUUGUGGCGCGGCUGAUAGCAAGAUCACCUGUCAUACGCUUGCUGUUUCUCUUAACCUACAGCAGAGCAGAUCCGGGCCUGUUCUAUGCGAGUAUACAGUGGAAGCAAUAUCACGAAUGGCCCAGAGUUGCUCCGACGCCGCGAUUUCAGAAAGCGAAGGCCUCUCACACAAGUCUUCUAAGAUGGCAGAAUUCUUUCGAAGCUAUGCUUUCGUCGACGACUCGUCUUUCCUGGUGACUACCAAUUCUGGCAAGGUCUAUCUCGAGCGUCUUUCACCAUGGUCUACCUCAAGCGCGCUAGGCAUCAUUUCCAGCUCCGAACUUAUCGAGGAAACACCCGACUUGACAGGCUACUCUGUCUGUAUCGGUGAAUCGUCUCUCGGAGUAGCCUUUGUUGCUAGCUCCCGGGGGAGCAUUUAUUCUUAUCGGAGAAAUGCACCACGUUGGUCCAAGAUACAUGUUGCCAAUGGUAAGGUCGGAGACAUGUUUGUUGCGAAGAGUACCGACGCUUCAGAAGUCGAGACCCUAAUACUGCUCCUUACCCUGGUCGGGCAGAACGUAGCUCAGCUCCUUACUAUCUCCGUACUGCAAAACGAGACUCCAAUGGUCUUAAAGGCUGUUGUUGUUCCGAUUUCCGAACUGUUGACCGGCAUUGCUAUCACAAGUAUGACGCAUUUCGCGCACAGUCCUCAAGACGAGUACCUCUUACUUGGUUUUCGUCGAGGAUCAGUAGCGGCUUACCGCAUUCCCACGAAGAAGACUGAGACCGUCGACCAAAACACGCACCAGGCUUCCUUGUUUAGGAUUAUCGAAAGAGCGCACGGCAAAGAGGCUGUCACUUCCGUCAAGUGGGUCCCGUCAGGCUCGAAACCAUCGUCAGGGUAUUUGCUCUCGGUCGGAAGAGACAGUUGUAUUGCCAUUCACUCGUUCCACUUGGCUGCGAACUCUGUAUGCCUGGUCCACAAUGUUACACUCCCUAUAGGACCCAACGUUGAAGGUCUCUAUUUCCAUAAGGGUCACCUCUUGGUGUACGGAUUUUCCAGCAAGAAAUUCGUUCUCUACGACACCACCACUGAAGAAGAGGUAAUGAGCGUCGACACUGGAGGUGCGCACCGAAGCUGGACUUUUCAACCUCAAUCGACCGGAGAGGGCGGAGGUGCACUAGUCUGGACGCGAGCAUCUAGCAUGCACAUCUAUGGCCAGGCUGGUUCGAAUCACAAAGUGGUACGCUCAGGCGGACAUGGGCGGGAGAUCAAGGCUGUGGCAGCGUCGUCAACCAUUGUCGAUGGUGCGUCAAAACAGUUGAUUGCUACUGGAGCGGAGGACACCGACAUCAGGAUCUUUGAGUAUGAGAACGGCGAUCUCCUAUGCCGAAGCACACUCCGAAAGCACACUACUGGCAUUCAACAUCUGCAGUGGUCAGAUAAAGGUGACUACCUCUUCAGCAGCGGCGGUUGCGAAGAGUUCUACAUCUGGAGAAUACGCGGUUUUCCCGCUGAGAUUGGGGGCAUCGGCAUAGUCUGUGAAUUCACACACCCACCUGAGAGCGAGCACUCUGAUGUUCGGAUCAUGUCAUUCGAUGUCUGGCAGCGGGGCUCGAGUUUCGUGAUUGCUAUGGUGAGUUCAGACUCAAACAUCAUGGUCUACAGCUACGACCCCGAGGCUGCUUCGAAGUGGCUCACAUUAGCCAAAGGUGUUUAUUUCACCCCCUGUCUCACCCAAAGCGUGUUCAUUUCCUCUGACGACAUUCUCACUGCUGGCACCGACGGACACGCAGUUCUCUGGUCUCUCCCACCAGCCAUUCAGCGUCCGCACGCGAGCACUCCUCGCCCCCUAGAGAUUCUCACAUGGAAACAACCGGUGCGCAUCCACCAGAAUACCUCGAAGGACAUGGUUUCCCACCCAAUCGAUAGCGAAAUCACUCUCAUAGUGUCUGCAGGCGACGAUGGCAGUCUCGCUUUCCUGCUCGCUACUUCCUCACCCUCAUGCGCGGCUUCCACCCCGACCCCAGCAGAGACGUCCUUCACCUGCCCCCCAACAAUCGCGAAUCGCGCGCAUGCCUCAGCUGUCACAGCAUGCGCUAUUCUACCUCACGCAUCCCGCAUCCUCAUACUCUCUUCCGGCAACGAUCAAUGGGUGCGGCUAUGGGAGGUUGUUCCGCAUCUCGCUAGCGCCUCGACAGAUAGCAAAGUGCUCACGCGCCCUGAUGAUGACCCGCUGGAGCUCAGACGAAGGGGGAAGAUCAAGACCAACGUCGCUGACGUAUCUAGCAUGGCUGUGCUGGGAAGCAUGGAGAACGGGAUAGCGAGGGUGUUGAUAUGUGGCGUCGGGAUGGAAGUUGUGAGGGUAGAGCUGGGUUGAGGAAGGGGCAGCUCGGAGGAUGUGCUAUGAUAGAUAAUACGAGCGCUUUCGUCUUGGAGUCAUUGCAUAUAGUGAUUGACAAAGGACGGAUGGAUACGUGCAUUGAUCGCAUUGCGGGAAGCGCAUCUGGAAAUGCUGCGGUGUGGAAGCAUUGCUGCAUUGCCUAAUUUUGCGGCGAAAGCAAUGCGAUUAUUGUUUUGAUCUUGUUUGUGUUUUCUUUCUUCUUCAGUUAGGCAGCAGCUUCAAGAUGUGGUUCUGAU